AACAAAGUCAAUCAAACACGUUCUUUUCAGUGACUCCAUUGACUUGCUCCUCAACUUCCCCAUUCAAUCAUCUGUUCUAGCUUCAGUGUUAGAUCUAUCUUUCCUUUCUCUCUUGUUAUACUCAUCUGUUGCGGUUUUACCAAUUAGUUCGGCAUCUUUAUAUUCUUUCACCAGUUGAAGCUUUCAAAAGAAAGUACUCUAAUAAUCAUGAUUAAUGUAUCCAACAUUGUGGAAAGAAUAUCCGAUGCUGCAGUUGACGGAGUGUUUCGUGGGUUACGUUAUAUGUUCCUUUACAAGAGUUAUGUUAAUGAUCUCAGUUCUGAAAUUGAGAAAGUUGACAUCGAGCUGCACGAGGUGUCCGCAAGAGCUGAGGUAGAAAGAAAUAACGGUAAGAUAAUUAAAGAUCAUGUAUUGAGGUGGCUGGAUAAUGUAAUAGAAAUCCAAGAGAGUAGCAAGGAGUUUCUGAAUAGAACUUCACGGAGGCCGAACCCAGAUUUCGUCUCCCGUUUUCGAAUUGGAAGGGAGGCCGUAAAGAAGACCAAGAUCUUGGUUGCACUGGGUUAUUCCGGAAAGGAGAUCCUGGCUCGGGAUAUUGCAUAUCUUCCGCCAGUUACUAAUAUACCUCAACUCGAUACUUCAUUGUUGAAUAUUCGAUCCAGGGAAUAUGAGAAGGUCUGGCAAGGGCUAACAACGGAGGGUAGUCCUUUGAUCCAUGGCAUCUAUGGGAUGGCAGGAGUUGGCAAAACUCGAAUGGCGGAACAAAUUUGUAAAGAAGCCCAUGAGAAGAAGAUCUUUGAUAAGGUCGUCAUGAUUGUGGCUGUUGGAAAUUUUGAUGACAUACAAUGGCGUAUUGCCCGGCAUCUAGGUUUGAAUUUUAACCCCCAAGAUAGCGUGGAGACCAGAGCUUCUCAGCUGAAAAAUAGUUUGACGGAAGUCAGUAAAAUCCUCAUCAUAUUAGAUGAUGUAUGGAGCGAGAUUCCUUUAGAUGCUAUUGGAAUUUCAUUUGGAGAUCAUGAGGGUUCUAAGAUCCUCUUGACAUCGCGAGACGAAUAUGUUUGUCUGCAAAACAAUUGCCAGCAUCCUGUCGAGAUUGGGACCUUGGAGUGUAAUGAAGCGUGGAAUAUGUUCAGAGACAUCGUUGGUAUAGGUACACUUGACUCUCUGCGGGAUAAAUCCUUAGCAAAGGAUGUCUGUACUAAAUGUGCCGGUUUACCACUUUUUAUUCAGCUUCUUGGUACUGCACUAAAGUUUCGGCCUCAAGUUAGAUGGGUGGAUGCACUGAAUAUACUUAAAAAAGAUGAUGGAAUUGAAUGGAAUAUUGACAAUGUAUGGGAAGUACUUUUUGAUAAUCUAGUGGAAGAUGCAGCGCCAUGUCUGUUUCUGUGUUCUCUAUAUCCUGAAGGCGAUGACAUUCCGAUCAGGUCUCUGAUCCAGUUAGCAGCAGGCUCCCAGCUUGUACACAGUGGAAGAUCAAGGGUGAGUGCUCUGGUCGAUAUUCUCAAGUCAUCCUCAUUGUUGUUUGAUGGUAAGGAUGAUGAACAUGUCAUACUAAGUGCCACCUUAAGAAAAGUAGCUAGAUCCAUGGCAGAGACAGAUCCAAAACAUGCAUUUUUAUUUGCAACAUGCGGUUCGAGGUUGCCUGAUAGAGAUGAUUAUAAUACUCGAAAAUUAAUACAUUUAGAUCUGGAGAAAAAUGAUUUUCAAUUCCCUGAAAAUCUGGUGUGUCCUGCCCUGCAUACUUUGUCCCUCAGAUCAAUAGGAGUAGCUGAGCCAAAUUUAUUCCCCGAGGGGCAAAAGUUCUCAAGUGGCAUGUGUGUGAAUCUCAGAUUUCUGGUGCUGGUGAAUUUUUCUUGGCAGGAGCAGAUCCCUUUUAAACCCUUGGGUAAACUUGAGUCUCUUUUCUUAGAUCGUUGCGACUUAUCUUCCUUUCUGGAGACGGGUGUUAGUUAUUUUCCACGAAGCCUGAGAACUCUUGGCAUCAGGGAUUGUCUUCUCCCAAAGCCUCUUGAUUUAUCCAACCUAAGAUAUCUUACCAAGCUAGAAAUCCUUUGUGAAGUGGAAUUUGCGCCAAAUACCAUAUCGGGGCUACCCAGUUUGAAAGAACUGCAUGUACCGGAGGGAUUCGAAAUUCAGCACGGUGUAAGACAGAGUAUUUCAUCCUUCUGCACACCUAUUAAGAAAAUUUAAGUUCAUAAAUGACGAUGAUACUUUUAACCGUUGUUUGUGUUAUUGUGUAAUGCUUGAUUCCAAAAAAAAAAAAUCAGUAGUUUUGUAAUUAACUAGUAGUUAUAUAUUUCAAGUUUCAACUGAAUAGUAUAAUUUAU